CGGUGUUGUCUGUGUUUCAGGAACAUCGUUGGCCGAUCAAGUAAUAGCGCGUGAUAAUUAUACAUCCAUCAUGCGGUCCCUCAUCCCUUUACUGGCGCUCCAUGCCACCGUACCGACCGUGGCAGCGCUUUGUAGCAACUACAACAUGACUGGCCCUAGCAUCGACGAGACGUGUACCGUACUCGAGGAUGCCGGUAUCAAUGUCUACCGUGCUAACAGUACAACAUAUGCUGCGCGUGAAGCCGACUAUUAUUCGGUGUCGGCACGCAUGAACCCAUCCUGUAUUGCUAUGCCUAUCUCUGUCGAGCAUGUAUCCUACAUCAUCAAGACAUUGACCGCCACGGCCACCACCAAUUGGGCCGUUCGCUGUGGUGGACACAUGGCCUGGGGACCGGCGGCCGAUAUCCACGAUGGCAUCACAAUAGACCUUGGACUCAUGAACCAGACAAAAUAUGAUGUAGAGACCAAGGUAGCCAAGAUACAAGGCGGUUCGCUGUGGAGCGACGUCUACACGACGCUCGAGCAGUAUGGCGCGACUGCACCAGGAGGGCGCACCUCGACUGUAGGAGUGGGUGGUUUUACGCUGGGAGGCGGCAACAACUUCUACAGCGGCAAAGUGGGCUUCACCUGCGACAAUGUCGUCAACUACGAAGUUGUGCUUUCAAAUGGAGAAAUAGUCGAGGCGAACAGUUCGCACAACGCUGACCUUUGGAAAGCCCUCAAGGGAGGCUCAUCGAACUUUGGGGUCGUGACGCGAUUCGACGUGCAGGCGUUUGACGCAGGCAAUCUCUACGGCGGCCUCGUCAUCCACCCCCUGAACCUCACCGGGCAGGUCAUCACGGCCUUCUCCAACUUCGUCGACAACAUCGUCAACUAUCAGGUCGGUUCCGCCUUCAGCUUCUGGUCCUGGGUCCAGGGAGCUACCGAGUCGGUCAUCAUCUCCGCUCUCCACGACACCACCGGGGCUGUCGACGCACCGGCCUAUGCCGAGUACAACGCCAUUGAGCCUGUGUUGUCUUCGACACUACGCGAGGACAGCCAUCUUAACUUCACCAAGGAGCUUGAGUUUGCCAAGGGCAACCAGAACGUGUGGUUCGCCAUCACGGUCAAGAACGACCCGGAGACCCUCCAGUACAUCAUUGACCAGCACAACGCCUUCAUCCCCGCCUGGCAGGAGGCCACGGGGGACGAGACGUUCAGCCUGUACACGGUGUUCCAGCCGCUGCCGACGAUCCUGUUCGACCACGGGGCGGAGAAGGGGGGCAACGUGCUGGGGAUGGACCGGCAGAGGGAGAACUCAGUGCUGUUCCAGGUCUUCAUGGUGUUCAGGGGCGCGGGGCUGGAGCCCGAGGCGCGGGCCCGCCUGGUGGCGUACCGCGAGGCCGUGAGGGCGCGGAGCAUCGAGGCGGGCACCGACGUCGACUUCGCCUACCUGAACUACGCCGACAAGACGCAGGACCCGAUCGGUACCUACGGUGACGAGAAUAUUGCCUUCCUGCGCGAGGCCUCGGCCAAGUAUGAUCCGGGGCAGAUCCUGCAGGAUCGGCUGCCGGGAGGGUUCAAGCUUCCUAGAGCCGAUCUGAGCACAGCGGGAUUUUGA